GUCACGCUUGAAUUUGGCCACGUAGAGAAGAUAUUCCCAUCGCAUACAUUUCUCCUCCUCCGCUGUUCUUGGGCUUUUUCGUCGUCGCAAGGGCUACAUCGUUCGUUCGCGAGGCGGAGAAUCUCCGAUAAUCUGUCCAUGGCGUCGCUAGCUGCCGCCGUCGUGCCAUCGCUCGUCGCGUCCUCGUCCAGGCCCCAAAUCCGCCACGCUCUCCUCACCACUGGGCGACAAUUCCUCAGGCAGCGCUCGUCGGCGCUCCAGGCAUCGCCAUCCCUGUACAGUAGAAGCUCCGUCUAUGGGACGACCAUCUCCAGGGCGCCAUCGCGGAGCCUCGCCACAGCCGCGGCGGUCGGCACCACCACCACAAAGCCGAGCAUCGCGGUCGGGGAGAGGAUUCCCGAUGGAGAGCUCUCCUACUUCGACGAGAGCGGCGCCAUCCAGAGCAUCAAGGUGUCGGACCUGACGAGCAAGAAGAAGGUGGUGAUCUUCGCGGUGCCCGGAGCUUUCACGCCCACUUGCUCCUCCAAGCACGUCCCGGGAUUCAUCGACAAGGCGGACGAGCUCAAGUCCAAGGGGGUGGACACCAUCGCCUGCGUCUCCGUGAACGAUGCCUUCGUCAUGAAGUCGUGGGGCGAGGCGCUGGGCGUCAAUGGCAAGAUCCUCAUGCUGUCCGACGGCAAUGGCAAGUUUACCCGCGAUCUGGGAGUGACCGUGGAUCUUUCAGACAAGGUGGAGGGAUUGGGAGUGAGGUCCCGGCGCUACUCUCUGCUGGCCGAGGAUGGGAUCGUCAAGGUGUUGAAUCUCGAGGAGGGUGGUGCCUACACGGUGAGCAGCGCCGACGAGAUCCUCAAGGCACUCUAAGCUCCAAGAGCUACAUACGAGGUGAUAGAACUUCGUUUUUACUUCGUUUUUGGCUUUGAUAGAUGAUAGAGCGAACCUAGAGUUGGAAGCUUUCUUUCGCAAAAUAAAGACUUUUAGCAGGACAAUGAAGUUCUUGCGUUUAAUCA